CAUUGCAUUUAUGAUGUACAAAAACCACAUGCAAUUUGUUUAUGUUGGCCAGAGUUGUAAAAGUCUGUCUUUUGUUUUUUGUUUGCAUUUACGUUUGUAGUAGUAUUCGCAACAACAAACACUAGUAAAUUUGACAGUUUUCGCCUUUGUGAAGAAAAAAAUAUUCAACUGUGCUAUAGACACCACUUGUAAUGAAUACACCUUGAUAUUGACACUUGUUUGUUUUGCUGAGCUUAUUCAAAUUCUGAAGUGAAAAUAUUUUUGUAUUUUUACUUUUUAUUUUUUAAUUAAAACUAAAAAAACUAGUUUAUUAUUAUAUUUAGAAAUGGAUUUCGAUGAAGCUGGAACAAGCAAGCAGGCAAAACCGUACGUUGUACCAUUUCGUGAGGAAUGGGCAAAAUUAUUUCCAUGGCUAGAAAAAGAAAAAGACGGAAAAGGCAAAAAAUGUACUCUCUGUAGAGUUCCCAUAAUUGGUGGUGUUGCACACAUAAAAAGACACGCCUCACGGGAUGCCCACGUUAAAAACAUGAAUGCCACGAAAACUACCCCAAAAAUUAAUAAUUUUUUGACCAUCGCCGCUAGAUGUCCUGUAGCAGAGUCGGCUAGAAAAUUAGAAAUAAUGCUCAGUGCAUUUGUAGCUGAGCAUAACAUUCCGUUUGCCACAUUGGACCACCUCAACCACAUAAUAAAAAAUGGUAUAAACGACUCGCAAAUUACUAAAAAAUUUAAUAUAUAUAGACAAAAAGGUCAGCAAAUCGUAACAAAUCUAACUGGGCCUGAAAAUACCACUUCAAUUUCCAAAUUUUGCCAAAAUAAUUACUAUUCCUUAGUGAUAGACGAAAGUACAGAUUGCAGCAUUUCUAAAAACUUACCUAUAGUUAUUCGAACUUUUGAUGGUCAAUGCCGAGAUAGAUUUUUAGGAAUGGUGCAGCUAGAGGACUCCACUGCAAAUGGUAUAUAUGAAAGCACCAUUAAAGCGCUACGUGAAAAAAAUAUUCCCAUUCAAAAUAUGCUUGGCAUUACAACGGACAAUUGCGCGUGCCUCAAUUAUUUUCAAAUGGGUGUAUUUGCCACAUUUUAA